AAAGUUUAAUGCAACUGUAGUAUUGCGUCAAAAUGGCGGCUGUUUGGACGUUGGCAGGCGCUGCCGUUUUUGUGAAACUGCUUUUAAUACCCUCAUACAGGUCAACUGAUUUUGAGGUACAUAGAAAUUGGCUUGCUAUCACACACAAUCUUCCUGUGCGCCAAUGGUACACUGAUGAAACUUCCCAAUGGACUCUGGAUUAUCCCCCUCUAUUUGCUUGGUUUGAAUGCUUUUUGUCUUAUAUUGCCACGCAGUUUGACUCAAAAAUGCUUGAAGUCUCAAACCUUAACUAUGCAAGUGAAUCAACAGUACUGUUCCAAAGACUAUCCGUUAUAUUUACAGAUUUUGUUUACUAUUUUGCAGUUUAUGAGUUUCAAAACUGUGGCCAUCUGAUAAAGCGAGAUGGCAAAAAGAAUAGCCCAUUCAACUUGGCAGUUGUCCCUAUCCUGCUGAUAUUCAACAUAGGCCUAUUUAUUGUUGACCAUAUUCAUUUUCAAUACAAUGGAAUUUUGUUUGGGAUUAUGCUACUGUCUAUCACAAGAAUACUGCAAGAUAAGCCAGAACAUAGUGCAUUUUGGUUUGCUGUAUUAUUGAAUAUGAAGCACAUAUUUGUGUACAUUGCCCCGGCAUAUUUUAUUUAUCUGCUGCGGACAUUUUGUUUUCAAGAGAACAAACCAAUAUCACUUUCAAGAAUUGAUUUUAAAAAGUUAGCUAAUCUUGCCUCAGUAGUUGCUGGGGUAUUUGUUCUUUCAUUUGGACCAUUCAUAUAUUUUCAACAGGUGGGUCAAGUUUUAUCCAGGCUUUUUCCAUUUAAAAGAGGUUUAGUUCAUGCCUAUUGGGCUCCUAAUUUUUGGGCUCUGUACAGUGGGGUGGACAAAGUUUUAACAGUAGCUGGUGUUAAACUAGGCCUUUUAAAUUCAAGUCAAGUUCCAGCUGGGUCAAUGACCGCAGGACUUGUUCAAGAGUAUAGUCAUGUGGCGCUACCAAGUAUUCCUGCAGGCUUCUCUCUAAUUGUGGUUUUAUUUGGAAUUAUGCCAGCUCUGUUGAACCUGUGGCAUCAAAGAACAAAGGUGUCAUUUGUCAGAACUGUGAUCAUCUGUGCACUCACAUCCUACAUGUUUGGGUGGCAUGUUCAUGAAAAGGCCAUUUUGAUGGCUAUUAUUCCAAUGACAUUAAUGGUCAUGUACAGUAAACAAGAUGCUAAGCUCUACUUGAUUCUGGCCACAACAGGAUUUUAUUCACUUUUUCCAUUACUUUUUACACCCUUUGAAAAUAUUCUAAAGGUGCUUCUGCUUGCCAUAAGCUGUAUUUUUUCCUUCAAAGCUUUGGAUAAUGUUUAUGGGAGCCCAAAGAAAAGUGUAAGCUUCACAAAGAGUGAAAUCCAGCUAAAAUCCCUCAUGCUAUUGCAAUUGCCUUUACUAAACCUCACUGAGAGCAUUUACAUCUGGGGGUUGCUGGCAUUAGGAUUAUUCAAUAGCAUUGGCUUCUGGAUGUUCGGCAUAGAGAAACGCUAUCCUUUUCUGCCACUGCUGCUGACGUCAGUUUACUGCUCUCUUGGUGUCCUGUACUGUUGGCUGGAGUUUUAUAGGCUGACUCUGACUGAAGGAUUGACAAGGGUGUACAAGUAUCUGGGUAUCGCCUCUGAUGAGUCCCUCUAUCCAGACAAAUAUGGCAAAAUGACCAAUAAAAGGAAAGAUUAAACUAAAUUAUUUAUCCCUAUUGUG